GCUAUCCAGAUAUAUAAUAGAGAUCAGUGGCUGUGAUCUGUGAGCUAACAAAGAGACGCCGAAUGGCCUGGAUAGCAGCCGUGAGACGACCAAACAUCACUUUCAACGCCAUCACCCGACACAUGUUGGUGUGUUCACGGCAUUUUCACACUGGGAGACCUGCUAAUGAAAUGGAUGAAAGCCAUCCAGACUGGGCACCCUCAUUACAUCUCGGACACACGGAGGUGAAAGCUGCAGAUAACGAGAGACUACAGAUAACAUUGCACGAGGAGGAACUUUCUCCAACAAGAGAGGAGAACGAGCGACUACGACAACAACUUGAAGACAUCCAGCAGCUGAUUGGUCGUCAAGAAGAAUGUCCCUCUCAGCCACCGAGGGGUAGCUCCACUUGGCAGCAGAAGGAGCCGCAGCCUGUUAAAGAGGAAAAGGAGGAGCCAGAGCCUACCCACAUUAAUGAGAAAGGGGAGGAGCCCCAGCGCCCCGAUGUGAAAGAGGAAGACAAAGAACUUUCGAUCACUCAGGAGGGAGAGCGUCUCCUAGGGCCAGAGGAGGCUGAUCUCAUCAUGUUGCCACUGACUGGUGUCUCUGUGAAGACCGAAGACGAUGAAGACAAACCGCCUGAGUCCUCACAGCUUCAUCAUAGUCCAAGUGAGGAGAAGAGAGAGGCGGAGCCGUCAAGCAGCAGCUCACCAGAGCACAUGACAACAGAAGCUGAUGGAGACCACUGUGGGGACAACCUCCUAGCUCCACUGGCAGAUAGUGACGACAUAAUGUUCCACCCUCCUGACGAUGAAGACAGCGACAACAUCCAAGAAUCUUUGAGCACCAACACAGACUGUGAAGGUCAUAUGACGACUCACACCGACAACAAACACUCUGAAUGCUCUAAAAAGAAGGCAGGUAAAAAACAUUUUAACUGCUCAGUUUGUGAUAAAAAAUGUUCUUGUAAAAGUAAUUUUAUUCGACACAUGAGAACACACACAGGGGAAAGACCUUUUAGUUGCUCAUACUGUGGUAAAAGCUUCACUGACAAAGCAAAUAUGACAUCACACAUGAGAACACACACAGGAGAAAAGCGUUUUAGUUGCUCAUACUGCGGUAAAAACUUUACUCACAAAGCAAAUAUGACAUCACACAUGAGAACCCACACAGGAGAAAAACCUUUUAUUUGCUCAGACUGUGGUAAAAGCUUCACUCAUAAGGCAACUAUGGUAUCACAUAUGAGAGUACACACAGGAGAAAAACCUUUUAGUUGCUCAGACUGCGGUAAAAGCUUCACUCACAAGGCAACUAUGGUAUCACAUAUGAGAAUACACACAGGAGAAAAACCUUUUAUUUGCUCAGAAUGUGGUAAAAGCUUCACUCAAAGGGCAAGUAUGGUAUCACACAUGAGAAUACACACCGUAGAAAAACUUUUUAUUUGCUCAUACUGUGGCAAAAGCUUCACGCACAAAUCGUAUAUGGUUGUACACAUGCGAACACACACAUGUGAAAAGCCUUUUACUUGCUCAAACUGUUUUAAAAGUUUCACACAAAAGGUAACUUUGGUAUCACACAUGAGAACACACACAGGAGAGAAACCUUUUACGUGUUCACACUGUGGUCAAAGAUUCACUCACAAAGUAAAUAUGGUAAAACACACGAGAACACACAGGAAAUAAACAUUUAAUUUGCUCAAAUUAUGGUGACACAUUUCCUCGGAGGUCCUCUUUGAACAGACAUAUGCAGAAUCACUGAUGGUCUACUGAAGUUAAGGUCAAGGUCAAAUUAAUUUACAUAGCACAUUUCCAACAGUUAACUGGCCAAAGUGCUGUACAGCAGCCAAUAAAACACAAACUACACCAAACAUACCCAAUAAUAAAAAGUGUAUUUAAAAACAAUACAGAAAAAGUAAUGACACUAGUAAAACAGUCAAAACAAUGCCGAGGUUAACCUGUGUUAAAAGCCAGUCCAUAAAAAUAAUAAUGCUCCAGUGUUUGUGCAGAUCUAAUGUUUAGGCUCAGACUAUUCCCAAGUCUUGGACCUGUGACAGAAAAGUCCCUAUCACCCCGAGAUUUAAGAUUAGAUCUUGGACGUCAUUGCUCUAUGGGGAACAUAAACAGACUAAGUCAGAUAAAUAUGAAGCCGUUCAGCCGUUGAAAAACCAAGAGAAGAAUUUUGAACUGGGUCCUGUAAGUAACAGGUAACCCCUGUCCAUCCAUCCAUCUUCUAUGCCGCUUACCCUUGACUGUAUGCCGUAAUCGCUAAAUGCUGGAACUGAUGAAGUCACUUCAUGUUCAACAGCUUCCAGAUGUUAAUCUGCAAAGUAGCUAUUUGAUUCCUUUUGCUGACUUGAGUCAGAUAUGAAGUGAGUCAUUGAAGUGAAUCAGGUACUGGAGUCACAGAGCGCAUGAUUUGAUUUGAUUUUGCUGAAACGAGUGUAUGUAAAAAAAGGGAAUAAUUAUUUUAAAAAUGUCGUGUGUUUUAUUCAGAUUAUUACGAUGAACAAGAAAUUAAAGGCAAAAUGACAAAAUUUUAUUGAAAAAUUUGUAUCUGUUUUAUAAAUAUCGAAUCAAUGUCAGCAAUAAUGGCUCUGUACUGACUUGGUAUUGGAUCGAUAUCAAAGGUUCAGUAUGGCCCAGCCCUAUCUGUCUAUGUGCCUGUCAGCUCCAAAUGAAAAACUAAGCCCCCCUAAAAUAUUUGAUCUUAUGCUGCAUUUUAUUGUGGACAUUGAAUGCAACACCUAAUAGUUUUUGAUGUGUGUGUGUGUGUGUCACGAUCUGAGUAUUUUCCAAUGUAUCUGUUGGAGCCUGAAAUGUAUCAUCUGUGCUAUUCUUCACUGCUUGGUUUGGUCAGUAAAAAUGUUAAAUUAUAUAACUAAUAAUAAAUUAUAUAACCAAUAAUAAUUCUAUAAUAAGUGAUGAAGUUAAUAGGUGACAGUAAGUUGGAUGAUGAGUGAGUACAGACAAUGUAAUACUUCAUGUAGUGGUAAGAAAUGAAGUGCAGUUGUCACUUGACUUACAUAGCAUUGUGCAGAUUCUUCUCUGGCUCCAGAUUCUUCUUUCUUGUGCUUUACAAACAUCAACCGCUUGUACUGUUUCUUGAAAUGGCUCAUUUUCAUGCAUUGUUUUAGUUCUUUACUUAAUCUGUUCCACAAUGUAAUUCCACAUACAGAUACAGUAUACUGAAGGUUUUUAGCAUUGUUCGUGCAAAAAAAGUGUUUUAAUAAAAAAAAAUGUAAAUAAUAAAAAGGUCACAUUUCUCUUUUUGAGAAGAAUUGUAUUACGUUUUUUGGUAGCAGGCUCUUGUUUGCUCGAUGCAUAAUUUUAGCUGUUUGAAAGUAUUAGCAAAUUUAGAAGUAAUGUAAAAUCAGAGCAAAAAUGAUGCAUACAUUCGCCGUAUAUAUUUUGGAAAAUGCACCAAAUGGUCUCUAUGAUUACCGUAAUGACCGAUAUAGCACAAGAAUGCACAGACUCUUGCUUCAGAAACUAUUGCAAUAAAUUUGAUAGUUUAAUACUGUUAAGGAUUUUCUUACCAAUGUAUGUACAUGCUCUUCAUGUUGUUAUCUGAAGUUGAUCAAACAUUCACUGUGACUUUUUGUUUAUUCAGUAGUGUUGUGAAGUGGACUGAGAAAAAGCAGUUGAGUUGACCUAAGUGCUCCCCCCCCUUGCACCUGGGGUGUGAGGUAAGACCAUGGUUGACCCCCGUGCAUGGGCUUGGGGAGCAAAUGGGCCAUAUAAAGAUCAUGGGGCACAUUACACCAGCGUGUGAAGACAGCUGUUUUCUCUGUCAGUCCACUUCUUGAACUGAUCGUGACUGAUAACGUAACUGAACUCAUCACAUCCAUUGCUGUGGUACCGCCCACCUAUGACAAUAAAAGAAGCGCGGGGAGAGUGUCCCACCAGAGAGUGUUGCAGUGUGGCACGGACGCUCUC